GCUUUCUCUUUCUUCCCCAUCACUAUCUCCAUUCCCAAAUACGGAGCAGAGCAAAGGGAUCAUGGCGUUUUCUUCCCUCGUCCGGCGGAGGUCUCUCCCGUGCCUUGCGAUGUCCUCCUUCGCGAUUAAACCUAUACUUUUCCGAUCGCUCCACGAAGGGCCCGACACGAUCGACGAGCUCCUCGACCGCCAUCUCGUCGAGAAGAAACCCAAGGAGGAGGACCACGACGACGAUAGCGAGCUCACUCGAAGAAGGCUCACCAGCAAUCGUCGGGAGGCGCUUUCCCUCUAUCGCGACAUCAUCCGGGCCUCUCGCUUCUUCACCUGGCCGGACGCCAGCGGCAUGCCCUGGCGGGAGGUCCUCCGGCGGAACGCCCGCCGGGAGUUCGAGGAGGCCCGCUUCGAGAGGGACCCGGAGGUCGUCACGCGGCUGCUUAUUGGCGGCCGCGACGCGGUGCAGAAGGCGUUGGACAAGCUCGUCGAGGCCAGUAAGAAGAGCAUCGAGGCCGAGGAGCAGAAGCGAAGGGAUGGGAGAAGAUGACGAAUAGAUUGCCACUAGUAAAUCUCGAGAAAGAAGAAAUUCCCCUUCAUUUGUUCUCCUUGACGUUUUUAGAUACUUGAGGACACACCAUAUCAUUACCAAGGAUGAGAGAUAAGGAGUGUUUUGCCAUCAAUUUAGUGUCAUUCCAGGAAUUGCUCCAAAGAUUCUGAAUGUGAGAUGCUAAUGUUUUUCACCUUUAAUUCUUUGCAUUUUGCACGAGGUUCUGAAAAAUGCUGGUGUUGGGUAUAGCAGUGACUGUAGGAGAAUAAUGGAAUCAUCCUAGUAACUCAAUUUAUGCUCCUGAAUACAUACUUGCUUAAGCUAUAUUGGGCCAUGUGUGACAUGCCAGUCUUAUUAUCAAGGCCUCUUGCUUGUUAACACUAGAAUGAGUAAGUGAGAUGAGAGCAUUAUUUUCACAUUUUUCAAAAAAAAGGGAUGAAUCUUUCAUCCUAUGUAAUCAAACCAUGUUAGUGUGUUGAGUAAAAAAAAUCAGAGAAUAUGUUAGAUAGGUUUGGCCUAUAUUCCUGCCUUUUCCCAUUCUCAAAAAUUAGAUAAUUUGCAAGUAAAAGUUUUUGUAGUUCUGAAACUUCUUUACUUUCAAUUAGUUUGUCUUACUUCUUCAGUGAAAUAUUUAAGGAUCAUUUUUCAUUAGCUCUGUCAAAUUAUGGUUACCUUUAGGAGCCAAUUUACAGCACAUGAUGUCCAUGAUGCGAAGAGGCCAAUCCAAAUAAUUCAUCUUAAUUGACACCAUAUGUUUUAGUUAUUGCUUAAUCAUGUAGGUCUAUAUUACUUGCAAUCAUAAUCAAAUUUGAAUAGUUUUCCUACCUACUACCUAGAUAAUAAAUAUACUUUAUCAAACACCUUCAUGAUAGAAUUCUGAGCAUCUAUUUGGUUAACCAUUGAAAGUUUUGGAUCAUUUCUUGGCAUAUUCUUGGAGUUUUCUUGUAAUUUUUCCUAUCAUAAUUCUACUCCAAAUUUACAAGUGGCCCUUUUGACCUCACAAUGACAAGAAAAUACCAAAGGUGAGGCUACUUACCAAAUAAUUGUUGGUUUUAGAAUUAAGCAUAGUGCAGGAGCAUUUUUCAGCAGCAAAAUCAGGCAAUAAAUCUUUUUAACCUCAUGAAUAAGUAUAUAGUAGAAACAAGGAAUUAAGUAAAGAAGCAAGUCUUGUGCAUUGUUUAUGGAAAUUGGACAUAUUGUUAUUGAAUUGCUCCCAUAGCAUUUUUACGGUUAGAUGGUGCAGUAAACAAAUUUUCCUUGGUUCACCUCCAACUGUGAAUAUGGAAUAAUGUAAGGACUUAGGAGACACUUGGAAGAACUGGGCACAUUACUGGUUAGUGUAAAAGAAUGACCUUGAUCAGUCCAAAUACUCAUUUUCUCAUUUGUCUUUGAUCAGGGGAAAAAGAAUUUCAAAAUUAUGGAUCUUGAGUUAACUCUACCUUAAGACUGCCAUUCUACCUUAUGUUCAUAACCAUGCGCUACCUAUCUUCCACAUUCUAAAUUUUUUGUUAAGCUUAUAUCAUACAUUAUAAAUCUAUAAAGUUUUUGAGAAGAAUUUCUAACUCUCUGAUAUUAGCCCUCAUCAAGAAUGAUUAUUUGUUAGUUUGUUUCCCUAAACUUGGACAGCAUAUUUUAGGAUUCUCUGAUUGGAGUAUUUUGCAAGUUUUAGAUGAUGUGGUUUAGGUUUAAAACAUCCUGUUUGGAUAUGAGAAUUAGUAAUAUAAACUUCAAACCAUGUUUGCUGUUGAUGAUUCAAUCGAAAGAUGAUCCAAGAAUUACACCAUUUUAAAAUACCUCAACCAAAACAAAUUAGGAAAACAAUCAAAUAACAAAUUAGAAAACAAUCAAAUCCAAAUAAAACUCCUUACAAUAUUACUCUCUUCUAAAUUAAAACUUACUAAAACUAGUUAACAUUCUAAAACAAACAUUUACGAACUUUACCCACACCAUUGAAACUAAUUCUAUCAAAAUCAUCCUUUUGACAGUGUAAAACUUUUAAAACUUAAUUUUCUAAUUGCAUUAUUUAUUUAUGGUUGAUCUCUACAGCACGUGAUUUAGAAAGGAAGUGAACACCGGGGAUACUUUUGUUGUAUUGCAGUGCCUAACAAGUGCGUGCAUUACAGUGUCGGCCACCUGUUAUUUUUGGCCUAAAACCCUGCAUGAUGUGAAGUAGAGUUGUGCAGGAGAAGAGUAGUUGGCGAAACAGGUAUAUUGUGGAAUGUAUGUAGAAGUUGGGUGUUUUGUUGUUGCAUUCUGUCCCAUGGAUUCGGUUGCCGGCUGGUUCAAGUAGGAGUACUUACUCUUGGUCCACCUGCAUUCAUCCACAAAAACUUUAUUAAUCUUUGAAUCCAUUACAUUACAAAUCAGUGAAUCUUCUUGAUGACC